AUGACUACCACCGUGACAACCGACCUCCCCUCUCGCUUCGAGAUCCGCAACCUCGGCCCGGAGCACAAUGAGUGGGCGAAAGCCAUCCUCUGCCACACCAACAUGUUUUACGGACCCAUGUGGGCGGCCAACUACAAGGGCACGGAGGCAGUCAAAAAAAACCUAGGCCUCUUUCGCACGUGCGGCCAUCUCAUUGAUCACCAGAUCGACUCGGGCCUCUCCUUCGGCGUCUUCGACAAGGAGUACGUGUUCAAGCGGCCCGAGUCGGCCGCCACGGGUGGAAAACUGUACUGGGACGUGGAGCGCGAGAACGACCCGGAGGGCCUGGACGCCCAGACGCUGCUGGACCAGAUGGACUUUCCGCUCGUGUCCAUCGCCCUCAGCUACGACAGCAUCAACCCGCUCGACCAGUCCAAGCUGGCCGACCUGGUCGGCAUCGUGCCCGAGUACGGCGCCGGCUUCGGCAUGCUGAUCGCAAACGACCCGAGGGACCCGGCGUCGUGGCAGGCGACCGGCCCGCUGCAGGUCCUGUUCCGCAACUCGACCAGCACGCGCAGGGACUACGAGGGGUUGGGCCUGAUGAAGCGCCAGGCACACUUCCUCAUGCGCUGGGCGGCCGAGAAGGGCUUCCGCGGGAUUCAGAUCGAGGCGUUCAAUGAUGCCGUCACGAAGGUGUGGACGAAUCCGCCGCCGCCGUUCAAGGGCGAAGCCGUAUCAGAGGUGCGCACGGGCGAGGUCGUGGUGAAGAAUGAGGAUGGGACCGUGACGAGGCCGUUUGGCAACUCGACGCAGGUGCUGACGAGGUGUUAUGUCACUUUGAAGUAG